AAGCAUUUACGUACCCCUAGUUACUGCAAGGCGCGAGCAUUGAUAUUUUGUAAAUCAAAACUAACCACACGAGGCUUGUUCUGUUGACGAAAAACAACCGUUAAUUCGCGAAGAUAGAAAUUUUAAAAUAAACAGCAAAUAUGGAGAUUCUCCAGAGUUUGUUCUCCAACAUUUCCGCCGGUCCCAGUGACUACCAAAAACAUAUGCACAGAGUUUAUCAGAAACCUAUGUCGGCCUACACGACAAAGUUUUUCGCAGAUGCUGUACAUCUGGGGACAGCCGAUGUCACAGCCUACCGAGAUUACGUUAUGGCUAAAGGGCCCUUCAUCAAUACUCCGGAUCUGCCUAAAAGCAACGAAAAGGCUGCGAACGUACGCCAAUUAGGUAACGAACUGUAUCAGAACAGGGACUAUGAGGGAGCAAUCGAGAAGUACAACGAAAGCAUUUGCUGGGCUGAGAAUGGUUCCGAGGAACUGGGUUUCGGUUACGCUAAUCGAUCGGCCGUUUACUAUGAACAAAAAGAAUAUCAUUAUGCCCUAGCAAAUAUAGCCAUGGCCAAAGCGAAUAAUUAUCCUGCACGGUCAAUGCCAAAACUGCUGGCCCGCGAAACGAACUGCAGAAAGAACAUUAAAAAUCCAGAAGCACCACGGAGCGUCCCGGAGGUUCGCAUUACGCUCAAUGUUGAAGUCAAUCCCAAGAUUCCUCAUCUAGCGAAAGGCAUUCGGAUGAAAGAAGUAUCGGGUUACGGGAGAAGCCUUGUGACUGAACGUAGUUUUAAAGCUGGGGAUGUUAUUCUUCACGAACAGCCGACGAUGGCGGCCAUCAGUCCGGAGUUAAAAUUCAUGAACUGUCACUACUGUUCAGGCGCAAAUUUCCAGAGUCUGAUUCCUUGCCCGGACUGUGCGUCCGUGAUGUACUGCAAUGAACAGUGCAUGCAAAAGGGGAGAGAGGCAGGUCACCGUUACGAGUGUGGUAUCACGGAGAAGCUGCAGCAUAUUUCCUACGGUAGUAACCGGAUCUACCUAGGGCCGAGAAUGUUUUUCUACGGUUUAUCACUGUAUAAUCACAGUUUGGAUGAAAUGAUGACAUAUGCUUCGGAAGCAGGCAAUUCCGCCAGUACCAAUCCGCUGCUUUUAGACUACACAAAAUUGAACCCACUGGAAGCGUUUAAAGUUUUCCAUCACUUCAAAUUGCCCACUGAGAAAUUUAUGUACGAGGAAUCUUUUCGGUUUUACGCAGCGGUCUACUAUUCUGUGUAUAUGAAACAUCCCCUGGUGAAAUCGAUCGUUAUAAAUCAAUCAAAAAAAGACUUCAUGUUGCGAUAUAUUUUACAUUACAUGAGAAUGAUUGGUUUUUUGACUAUUGGAGCUUAUGAGAAUUUUACUAAUCAAGUGCACUUGAUUGCCUCGGUGUGCAAUCAUUCGUGCGAUCCAAAUACCUGGGCCGUCUACAAUAACGGCCAGCUUAAGUUCAUAGUGAUACUUCCGAUUGCGAAAGGUGAUCAGAUUCUCAUCUCCUACGGCCCCCUCUACGGGACACACAGUGAUUUCGAACGACAGCAAAUGGUUGCCGGCAUGCAUUUCGAGUGCAAGUGUAUCGUCUGUGAUCGCUCCAAUAACGGCCAGCUCAAAGCGUGGUUAGCUUCAACCAGAAAACUCCAACCGAUCCCGAGGAAGAGCGGUAGCGUUCUGAUGAGAGUCUUGGAUAACGACGAUUGUCACUCGGCAUCCAAACUGAACGCGGUUCAGCAAUUCGUUCGGCGCUAUGCUGCGCAUCACCCGGGAGAGGCAUUCGAUAAGGCGCUCACGUUGUAUCAGCAGAUGCUUACCGUGACCCACAUGAUGGAAGUGCGAGCACUAUUGCGCGCUAACCUGCGAGUCGUUUGAAUCGCUCACUUACAUUCAUUCUGUAUUAAACUUAUUUUGUUGUUAUUACUGCCGUUGGGAGAUUCCUGAACACUUUGUUCACAGCCAUACAGGUUACUAGUCUUAAGUUGUUUAACUAAGCCAACGCACUGUUUAAUCCAAUAAAAAUGAUUUUUUAGUUCUAGACAGGAAAUCCUGAACACUAUCAUUCAUUUUCCAAAAAUAUUCUUAACCGUGA